AUGAGUAUGGUUGGUGAACUCAGCUACUUUCUGGGGCUACAGGUUAAGAAAUCAGAAAAUGGAAUCUUUGUCUCACAAAGCAAAUAUGCAAGAAAUCUUGUCAAAAGAUUCAGGAUGAAUGAAAGCAAAGUUGUUAGAACACCUGUUCCAACAACAGAGAGGAUCUCUAAAGAUUCAGAAGGGAAAAAAGUGGAACAAACCCUGUAUCGAAGCAUGAUAGGAGGCCUACUCUAUUUAACAGCCAGCAGACCAGAUUUAAGUUUUGGGGUGGGAAUAUGUGCCAGAUAUCAAGCCAAUCCCAUGGAAACACAUCUAAAAGCUGUAAAAAGAAUUAUCAAAUAUGUAAAGGGGACCAUUGACCUAGGUAUAUGGUACUCUUUUGACACAAACCAACACCUAUCUGCUUACUGCGAUGCAGACUAG